AUGGCGCCUAAGAGAGGAGGAGAUUACCUUGGGCCUUGUUCUAGGAGGGGCAGGAGAAGGGUCGAAGAGGACCCAAAUCUUCAUUUCUUCGAGAUGGAGCAGCACCCACCUCUGGAGGAGAACCCAGAACUGACCUCGGAUGAGGAACAAACGCCGCCACCGGCGCCCGAUCAGGAACCUGAAGAAGCUCCACCAGCGCCAGCACCGAUUCCUGUGGUGCCUGCCCAGUCAACGACAACAGUUUCAAGGGAUGAGUUUCAGGCUUUCAUGAGAGCCACCAUGGAGACUCAGGCACAGAUAAUGCAAACUCUAGCGACAAACCAGACCACUGUGCAGGGGACGAGUGAUCUGGGCACGACUAUAGAGUCUCGUUAUUUGAAGAACUUUCAGAGGUAUAAACUGCCCACUUUCGACGGGGGUAAGAUGGACCCAGUUGCAACUGAGGUUUGGCUGGAGGCUGUAGAGACAGCUUUUAUAUACAUGAAAUGUCCUCCUGAAUAUCAAGUCCAUUAUGGGACUUACAUGCUGAAGGGCGAAGCUCAUUUUUUGUGGAAAGGUGCACAGAGGGCCAUUAAACCAAAGGAAGGGUAUAUUUCUUGGAAUCAGUUCAAGGAAGCCUACUUAUGUAAAUAUUACCCAGUGGUUGCCCGACACAAGUGUCAGACAGCAUUCCUAGAACUGAAACAAGGGGACAAAACUGUUGAGGAUUAUGAUCUGGAGUUUAAUAAACUGGCAAGGUUCUGCCCUGAGUAUGUCAAUUAUGUUGUAGCCUUAAGAGUGGCAAUAAUGAUGGAUAUGCCACGGCAGGUGGCAAAGCAAAAUGUGCCAGUGGUGACCACUCAAAAUGCCUUUGGCCAACGAAUGAGGCCUAACAGAAACUCUUUUAGAUCUGACAGACAGCCUCGAGGACGUUUUGAAUGUCGGGGUAGAGCCCCAGAGUAUAACAGACCUGAAUGCCCUAAUUGUAGGAAAUAUCACGAGGGAGAGUGUUUUGCUGGAACAGGAGGAUCCUUUGGUUGUGGCAAGCCAGGCCAUCGCAUAGCUGACUGCCCUUAUAAGAGAAACCAUGAGGGAAACAGACCUGUUGGACAGUAUCAGAGGGGUCGGGGAGCCACACAGCAAGCUCGAGUUGUGGCCCACGCUAUCACGACUAGGAAAGCAUAA